AUGAUGACGAUGACGAUGACGAUGACGAUGACGAUGACGAUGAUGCGAUGUCAUGACAAUGACGAUGACGAUGAUGAUGAUGAUGACGAUGAUGAUGACGAUGACGAUGAUUAUGACGAUGACGAUGAUGACGAUGACGAUGACGAUGAUGAUGACGAUGAUGAUGACGAUGACGAUGACGAUGACGAUGAUUGUGACAAUGACGAUGAUGACAAUGACGAUGACGAUGAUGAUGACGAUGAUGAUGACGAUGAUCAUGACAAUGAAAAUGACGAUGAUGAUGACGAUGAUGAUGACGAUGAUCAUGACAAUGAAAAUGAUGAUGAUGAUGACGAUGAUGAUGACGAUUACUGUGGCAAUGACGAUGAUGAUGACUUUGACGAUGACGAUGAUGAUGACGAUGACGAUGACGAUGACGAUGACGAUGACGAUGAUCAUGACAAUGACGAUGACGAUGAUGAUGAUGAUGACGAUGAUGAUGACAAUGAAGAUUAUGACGAUGAAGAUGACGAUGAUCAUGAUCAUGACAAUCAAGACGACGAUGACAAUGACGAUGACGAUGAUUAUGACAAUGACGAUUAUGAUGACAAUGACGAUGACGAUGAUGAUGACGAUGAUUAUGACGAUGAUAAUGCCGAUGACGAUGACGAUGAUCAUGACAAUGACGAUGACGACGAUGAUGGUGACAAUGAAGAUGAUGAUGACGAUGACGAUGACGAUGACGAUGAUCAUGAUCAUGACAAUCAAGACGACGAUGACGAUGACGAUGACGAUAACGAUGACGAUGAUUAUGACAAUGACGAUGAUGAUGACAAUGACGAUGAUGAUGACGAUGAUGAUGACAAUGAUCAUGACAAUGAUCAUGACAAUGAAAAUGACGAUGAUGGUGACGAUGAUGAUUACGAUGACGAUAAUGAUGACGAUUACUGUGGCAAUGACGAUGAUGAUGACUUUGACGAUGACGAUGAUGAUGACGAUGAUGAUGACGAUGAUCAUGAUCAUGACAAUCAAGACGACGAUGACGAUGACGAUGAUGAUGACGAUGAUUAUGACAAUGACGAUUAUGAUGACAAUGACGAUGACGAUGAUGAUGACGAUGAUUAUGACGAUGAUGAUGACGAUGACGAUGACGAUGAUCAUGACAAUGACGAUGACGACGAUGAUGAUGACAAUGAAGAUGAUGAUGACAAUGAAGAUGAUGAUGACAAUGAAGAUGAUGAUGACGAUGACGAUGACGAUGACGAUUAA